ACAGCAAAGGUUCUGUAAUGUUGAGUGUUCGCUGUAAAGGCCUGUGGAGAGAGUGUGUUUGGGACAGGUUUGUGAAAAUCUGGACAUGUGAUGCAUUCAGCUCAUAUUUAAACCCACAUCCAGAGACUAUUGUUCUAACCAGAGCAUUGAUAAUCGCCUCAAGCAUAACAAGUGUUCUUGCAUUUCUAUUGCUUAUUUUUGGAUUUAAACAUUUCACUUAUUGUCAAGAUGGAUCCAUGAAAAUGCUGUGUCUGCAAAUUUCAUCUGGGCUCAGUUUCCUGGUUGGAAUGUCUUCCUCGGCUGGCGUUAUAAGAUACUGUGUCUAUGUUUACCAUGUCCAUCAGUACGAGGUGUCCCUGAAAAUCCCAGGAUUCCCUAGCUUUGAAUACGGUUACUCCCUUUGGAUGGCUGUAGGUGGGAGCUUAGGAGCCAUCACUACAGCAAUAAUUGCCUGGAAUCUGAUUCUCUGCAACAAGAAGCCGCAAGUGAUACAGAAAAAAGGAUUAAAUGGAAGCCAAUAUCCCGAAGCUUUGGAUGUUGUAAAAACAUAUGUUUAAGUAAAUCAGCCAACUAUGUCAACUAUGCUAAUAUUUACAUUAAUCAUUAGAGCAAACAUUGCUUUAACAUUUAUUAAAUCUUUUUUU